CGCCGCGCCGGCACCGCUGCUCUUGUGCUUCUUCUUCAAUCUAAUCAGCCCCGACAGUUGAGAAUGGGAGAAAAUAGUGAGUGGGUAACCCCAGGGGAAGUUCUCGGUAAAGCCUCCAAGUUCAAAGCAGGCAGAGGUGCCUACGUGUCCCCCGACAAGCUCACUGUCUACGCUUCCCUCACCGGAUCCCGCCGCAUCCUAUCACCCCCUCCCGGCUCGCCCGACCAGAGACCCACUGUGGAAGUAACUGGUCACAAGGCCCAUGGUGCCAUUCCAGAGCCUGGAUCAGUUGUCAUUGCUAGAGUUACCAAAGUGAUGGAAAGGAUGGCUUCUGCUGAUAUUUUGUGUCUUGGCACGAAGUCCGUGCGGGAAAAAUUUAGUGGCAUAAUUAGGCUUCAAGAUGUAAGAGCCACCGAAAUUGAUAAGGUGGAUAUGCUUUCGUCUUUUCGCCCGGGUGACAUUGUCAGAGCUCAUGUUCUGUCCCUUGGAGACGCUAGGGCUUAUUAUCUGUCAACUGCAAAGAAUGAAUUGGGUGUUAUUUCGGCACAGAGUGCAGCAUCAGGUGAAACAAUGGUCCCAAUAAGCUGGACAGAGAUGCAGUGCCCCAGGACAGGGCAAAUCGAGCAAAGAAAGGUCGCUAAGGUCGGAGGAUGAAAAGAUGAAUUCGGAAUUAAUGUUCCUUCUUUCUUCUCCUUUUUCCAAAGAGAGUCUGUAACCUUACAGUUUCUUAUAGAUUGAAGUCAGAAGUUAUGGUAGCCCUCAUGCACCUCUAUGUCGAGGGUUUUCCGAACUGGCGUCUCUGGUUUAUGGGUUCGCUUACGUUUUAUUAUUUUGAAAAAUCGUGCUAGAGAUUGCGGUUUCUUA